AUGGAUUCAAAUCCCCAAACAGAAAGGGUUUACAUUCCAUCGCCGUUAUCAAAUUCACAUAGUGGAUCGAAUUUAACAGCAAUGUCCCAAGAAAACAGAGACAGUAUACGAACAAUUGUGGUCGGUUCUUCCGAAGAAAAUGAUACUCUGAAUAAAGAGAAAGUUAAAAAUGAAAAUAUUGAAUUAGGACUUGAUGUUAAAAAUGAAAAUAGAAAUGGAGAGCAUGCGGGAAUUGAUUUUGAACCGGUGCAAUUGCCAAAAUCUGUUAAAAUUCCAUUGGUUAGUGGAUUAUGUCUUAUUCUGUUUCUUGCUGGUUUAGCGAUGCCAAAAAUUGGAACAGUAUUCAAUAAUUUAUCCGACGUAUCAUGGAUCGCCACAGCAUAUAUUCUUACAUUUAACGCAUUUAUCCCAUUGGCCGGUAGAUUCGCUGACAUUUUUGGUCGACGUGUUGUAAUGUUCUUUGGCCUAAUAUUAUUUUUAGUUGGAAGUGCAUUAUGCGGGGCAGCUCAAAGCAUGAACAUGUUAAUAAUAAUGAGAGCGUUACAAGGCAUUGGCGGUGGUGCUGUAUUUAGUUGUAUCUUAAUUGUAUUUGCGGAUAUUAGUACAUUGGACGAGCGUGCUAAAUAUCAAGGACUUGUAGCUAUUAUCUUUUCGAUCGCGAGUGUAUUGGGUCCGUUGAUUGGUGGGGCUUUUGUUGAUCAUGCUACUUGGCGAUGGGGCUUUUAUAUCAAUUUACCCAUCGGUGUGUUAGGCUUAGUGUUAAUAGCAUUUACACUAAAAUUACCUGCCGUUAAAGGAUCUUUGAGUGAUAAAUUGAAGCGUGUUGACUAUAUCGGAACGGCAUUGAUCGUUGGUGCAGUAGUAACAAUAUUAUUGGCAGUAACAUGGGGAGGCACAAAAUAUGCAUGGUCAAGUGCAAGGAUCAUAUGUCUCUUUAUUGUUACUGGAAUUUUAAUAAUUGCGUUGGGCGUUUAUGAAGCAAAAUUCGCCAUUGAACCAAUUAUUCCACCGCAACUAUUCAAAAUCCGAUCAGCAUUAGCAGUAUACAUUGGAGCACCAUUUUUCGUUAUGACAUUUUUUAGUUUAAUGUAUUUCCUACCGAUAUUUUGGCAAGUGGCAAAACACAGUAGCGCAACAAUUAGUGGAUUACGCUUAAUUCCAAUCCCAGUCGGAUUAGUGAUAUCAGCAAAUCUUGCAGCUAUUUUAGCGCCAAAAUUCGGACGAGUUCGAGAAUUAAUGCUUUUAGGUACAUCAUUGGGGGUGAUCUCAGUUGGAUUAGUCAGCACUUUUACGGAGAAUGAUUCAAUCGGUAAAGAAAUUGGUUAUCUUAUCAUUUUCGGACUCGGAUUGGGAAUCGUAUGGUCGCUUGGUGUAGUUGCAGUUCAAUCUGCCACAGAUGUCAAAGAUUUGGCGUCAGCGACCGCAUUAGUAAAUUUCUUUCAAAUGUUGGGUGGAGCAAUCGGCGUUGCGAUUUCUUCGACUGUAUUCUUUAAUCAUUUGGAAAAAUCUUUGGAGGAUAUUUUCUCAUCUCCUGAAGAAAUUUUCUUAGCAAAAAAUUCAGUAACAUAUGUGCACAAUCUUCCGCAUGAUACGGAGUCUCAAGUCAUUCAUGCCUAUGUAUUAGCAUUGCAGCAAGUUUGGUAUGUACAAACAAUAAUGGCCGGAAUCUCUGUAAUUGCUACACUCUUUAUAAAGAAUUCACCAUUACGAAAGGAUGAAACAAUUGUAGCAGGUGCUAUAUAG